UUCCUAUGAUGGAUUCAAAUAGAGUAGGAACCUAAGUUGAACCGAAAUGCUUUUGUCGGACGAUUAUGUAUGAACACUUCCUGUACUGUUGAAACUAGCAAACUCACCCUCCACUGCAGAAGAUUUGCAUUUCAAAAUGUUCCUGACAAGAUCAGAAUAUGACAGAGGAGUGAACACUUUCUCACCAGAGGGAAGACUUUUUCAAGUAGAAUAUGCUAUUGAAGCCAUCAAGUUGGGGUCCACAGCCAUUGGCAUUCAGACAUCGGAGGGAGUGUGUCUCGCUGUGGAGAAGAGAAUAACCUCUCCUCUGAUGGAGCCCAGCAGCAUUGAAAAGAUUGUAGAGAUUGACUCUCAUAUUGGCUGUGCCAUGAGUGGCUUAAUAGCUGAUGCAAAAACUCUUAUUGACAAAGCAAGAGUGGAAACACAGAACCAUUGGUUUACCUACAAUGAGACGAUGACGGUGGAGAGCGUAACGCAGGCUGUGUCUAACCUCGCUCUGCAGUUUGGAGAGGAGGACGCUGACCCUGGCGCUAUGAGCCGUCCUUUUGGUGUCGCUCUGCUUUUUGGAGGUGUGGAUGAGAAAGGACCUCAGCUAUACCACAUGGAUCCUUCGGGCACUUUUGUCCAGUGUGAUGCCAGGGCUAUCGGCUCAGCAUCUGAAGGAGCUCAGAGCUCUUUGCAGGAGGUUUACCACAAGUCCAUGACGUUAAAGGAAGCCAUCAAGUCUUCUCUCACUAUCCUGAAACAAGUGAUGGAGGAGAAACUCAAUGCCACUAACAUUGAGCUUGCCACAGUAGAACCCAACAAGACCUUUCACAUGUACUCAAAAGAAGAGCUUGAGGAUGUCAUCAAGGAUAUCUAGAGCUGAACAGAGCUCUGCAAAGCCUGACUGAUGUUUAAUA